GGGCGGGGCCAGGCGUAGGGGGCGGGGCUACGCGCUGUAUAUGUGACAGAGGGGGCGGUGCUAGGUCAGAUAGACCGUGAGGUGUCGGGAGAAUCGUUACUGGGUUUCCCGCUUCAACAGUGAUUGGACGGAACCCGUUACCGCAAACAGCCGGAACCAUGAGCUCCCAGAUCCGCCAGAACUACCACCAGGACUGCGAGGCCGCCAUCAACCGCCAGAUCAACCUGGAGCUCUAUGCGUCCUAUGUCUACCUGUCCAUGGUGGGUAACUAGCCCUCUAACUAGCCCAGACUGACCUGUCCAUGGUGGGUAACUAGCCCUCUAACUAGCCCAGACUGACCUGUCCAUGGUGGGUAACUAGCCCUCUAACUAGCCCAGACUGGCCUGUCCAUGGUGGGUAACUAGCCCUCUAACUAGCCCAGACUGGCCUGUCCAUGGUGGGUAACUAGCCCUCUAACUAGCCCAGACUGGCCUGUCCAUGGUGGUGGGUAACCUAGCCAGACUGGCCUGUCCAUGGUGGGUAACUAGCCCUCCUAACUAGCCCAGACUGGCUGUCCAUGGUGGGUAACUAGCCCUCUAACUAGCCCAGACUGGACUGUCCAUGGUGGGUAACUAGCCCAGUAACUAGCCCUCUAACUAGCCCAGACUGGCCUGUCCAUGGUGGGUAACUAGCCCAGUAACUAGCCCUCUAACUAGCCCAGACUGGCCUGUCCAUGGUGGGUAACUAGCCCAGACUGGCCUGUCCAUGGUGGGUAACUAGCCCGGUAACUAGCCUGGCCAGCAGGGUAACUAGCCCAGACUGACCUGUCCAUGGUGGGUAACUAGCCCAGACUGACCUGUCCAUGGUGGGUAACUAGCCCAGACUGACCUGUCCAUGGUGGGUAACUAGCCCGGCUAGCAGGGUAACUAGCCCAAUAACUAGUCAUGGUGGGUAACUAGCCCAGACUAGACUGUCCCAGUAACUAGCCCAGCCUGACCUGUCAAUGGUGGGUAACUAGCCCAGCCUGACCUGUCCAUGGUGGGUAACUGGCCCGGCUAGCAGGGUAACUAGCCCUCUAACUAGCCCAGACUGGCCUGUCCAUGGUGGGUAACUGGCUAGCCCAGACUGGACUGUCCAUGGUGGGUAACUAGCCCUCUAACUAGCCCAGACUGACCUGUCCAUGGUGGGUAACUAGCCCUCUAACUAGCCCAGACUGGACUGUCCAUGGUGGGUAACUAGCCCAGUAACUAGCCCAGACUGGCCUGUCCAUGGUGGGUAACUAGCCCUCUAACUAGCCCAAACUGGCCUUUCCAUGGUGGGUAACUAGCCCUCUAACUAGCCCAAACUGGCCUGUCCAUGGUGGGUAACUAGCCCAGACUGGCCUGUCCGUGGUGGGUAACUAGCCCAGACUGGCCUGUCCGUGGUGGGUAACUAGCCCAGACUGGCCUGUCCGUGGUGGGUAACUAGCCCAGACUGGCCUGUCCGUGGUGGGUAACUAGCCCAGACUGGCCUGUCCGUGGUGGGUAACUAGCCCAGACUGGCCUGUCCGUGGUGGGUAACUAGCCCAGACUGGCCUGUCCGUGGUGGGUAACUAGCCCAGACUGGCCUGUCCGUGGUGGGUAACUAGCCCAGACUGGCUGUCCGUGGUGGGUAACACUAGCCCAAGACUGUGGCCUGUCCAUUGGUCUUGGGUAACUAGCCCAGACAUAGAAACAUAGAAACAUAGAAUGUGACGGCAGAUAAGAACCAUUCGGCCCAUCUAGUCUGCCCAAUUUUCUAAAUACUUUCAUUAGUCCCUGGCCUUAUCUUAGUUAGGAUAGCCUUAUGCCUAUCCCAUGCAUGCUUAAACUCCUUUACUGUGUUAACCUCUACCACUUCAGCUGGAAGGCUAUUCCAUCCACUACCCUCUCAGUAAAGUAAUACUUCCUGAUAUUAUUUUUAAACCUUUGUCCCUCUAAUUUAAGACUAUGUUCUCUUGUUGUGGUAGUUUUUCUUCUUUUAAAUAUAGUCUCCUCCUUUACUGUGUUGAUUCCCUUUAUAUAUUUAAAUGUUUAUCAUAUACCCCCCGUCUCGUCUUUCCUCCAAGCUAUACAUGUUAAGAUCCUUUAACCUUUCCUGGUAAGUUUUAUCCGCAAUCCAUGAACCAGUUUAGUAGCCCUUCUCUGAACCCUCUCUAAGGUAUCAAUAUCCUUCUGAAGAUACGGUCUCCAGUACUGUGUACAAUACUCCAAGUGGGGUCUCACCAGUGUUCUGUACAAUGGCAUGAGCACUUCCCUCUUUCUACUGCUAAUACCUCUCCUAUACAACCAGAGAAGCAUUCAAGACUGGCCUGUCCGUGGUGGGUAACUAGCCCAGACUGGCCUGUCCGUGGUGGGUAACUAGCCCAGACUGGCCUGUCCGUGGUGGGUAACUAGCCCAGACUGGCCUGUCCGUGGUGGGUAACUAGCCCAGACUGGCCUGUCCGUGGUGGGUAACUAGCCCAGACUGGCCUGUCCGUGGUGGGUAACUAGCCCAGACUGGCCUGUCCGUGGUGGGUAUCUAGCCCGGUAACUAGCCUGGCCAGCAGGGUAACUAGCCCAGUAACUAGCCCUCUAACUAGCCCAGACUGACCUGUCCAUGGUGGGUAACUAGCCCAGACUGACCUGUCCAUGGUGGGUAACUAGCCCGGCUAGCAGGGUAACUAGCCCAAUAACUAGUCAUGGUGGGUAACUAGCCCAGACUAGACUGUCCCAGUAACUAGCCCAGCCUGACCUGUCAAUGGUGGGUAACUAGCCCAGCCUGACCUGUCCAUGGUGGGUAACUGGCCCGGCUAGCAGGGUAACUAGCCCUCUAACUAGCCCAGACUGGCCUGUCCAUGGUGGGUAACUGGCCCGGCUAGCAGGGUAACUAGCCCUCUAACUAGCCCAGACUGGACUGUCCAUGGUGGGUAACUAGCCCAGACUGGACUGUCCAUGGUGGGUAACUAGCUCUCUAACUAGCCCAGUAACUAGCCCAGACUGGCCUGUCCGUGGUGGGUAACUAGCCCAGACUGGCCUGUCCGUGGUGGGUAACUAGCCCAGACUGGCCUGUCCGUGGUGGGUAACUAGCCCAGACUGGCCUGUCCGUGGUGGGUAACUAGCCCAGACUGGCCUGUCCGUGGUGGGUAACUAGCCCAGACUGGCCUGUCCGUGGUGGGUAACUAGCCCAGACUGGCCUGUCCGUGGUGGGUAACUAGCCCAGUCUGUCCCUUCUCACAUGGAUGUUUGUAUACAGGGAGACUAGCCCAGUGUGUCCCUUCUCACAUGGAUGUGCUGUGUGUACCUUCUCACAUGGAUGUAAUGUGUACCGGUCCAUGGUGUGCAUACAGGGAGACUAGCCCAGUCUGUCCCUUCUCUCACAUGGAUGUGCUGUGUAUACAGGAAGACUAGCCCAGUCUGUCACUUCUCACGUCGCAUAAUGGAUGUUUGCCGUGUCUUCAAGGGUGGCCACGGGCUUGGUUCUCACCUGGGGCAGGGCUGCAGCUCCUCUGAUGUUGUGACAGCUGAUCAGCUGAUGUGGGCUACCACUAAACCCUAUCCUAGCCUAUUUAGACAAUAGCAAAACAUGUCACACCAAAUCUAAUUUCUAGGUGUUUUAACACCCAUCACCCUCAGCUUGCAUUAAUGUGAUGGUUGUAGCCAGUAGGCUAAAGACUGCAGUUGGUCUGCAUGAUGAGCUUGGUCGGUGUCAUGUUGCAUGUAGUAGACCUCUUGGGUUGUAGUUUAUGCCAUAUUGAUAGAUAUUAUUCUGGCCUACCAUACGCAUUUAGAUACAGUAAAAGAAAUGAGUAACUGUAUUAUCUAGCCCAAGCAGAGAUGUGUUUAUCUGCAGACUGCAAUGAGUGUUGCUCUCACGGGACUCGUUAUAAGGCAGCAGUGAUGCGUAUGUUGGGUCCUCGGCAGUAGGGCUGAAUGUUGCGUGGUUUUGUCAAGGUGUGUUGGUGCAGGGCUGCAUUGUCUGAGCAGCUCUGCAUGCAUCAGCCGCCAGGCUUGUAAACAUAAGGUUUCUUGGUUUAUUAGGUGAAUCUUCUAUCUUUUCUCAGUGUGGGGGUCAGUCUGUUCCAGAUGAUAUAUUGAUUUUACGUUUCAGGGAAGAACCAGUCACUCCAGUAACUGUCCUUCCUAAGGCCUUCAUGGCACUUGAGGCGAAGCUCCAGAAAUCUGAAAGGGAAUGGGAGGUUUGUCCUUGGGUGUCUGGGUUUGUAGGUAUAGAAACUGAUGGUUUAAACUAGACACAGUAAUGAGGCAAUCAGUGGUGGAAUUAAGACAAUAGGUUUAUGAAACAAACAGACCUGUGUAUAUUUUGAUAUACAGGAUGUCACUGUGUAGGUGGGGUGAUGUGUUACCCGUGUGUUCAUUGUAUAUUUGUGAUCUGACCUUUUUACAUGUUGGCUGCACAUUGAAGGCCCAGCAAUAAAACUUUGCUUGGUUGCCAGACACUAGAAAAGGUCACAGGGAUUUUUACUGCUUGAAUCUUUCCUCCUCUUCUGUAAUGAACGGCUCAGCGUUGACACUUUGACUGUCUGGAACCUGUCCUACUGAUCUCCAAAACGUAACUCAAUGCUGUGAAAUCUGCAAACACUGUAACUUAAUGUUGUGUAACCCAGAAAAUCAUGUGCAUAUUUUCAUAACUUUUAUUUCAACACAAUCAGAUUAACGGUGAAGGGACCAUUAAAGAAAUUUCCAGUGGUCACAUUUGGAUGACGCUGCAGAUGUUUGCAGUUCCCAUUGUGCGCAGCCAGCUCUUGCUAUAUGGCAAUGCAGAUAUUUCCUUGCUGAAUCCUGCUGGUGCCAGUAAUUUCUCCUAAUCAAUACACGAGACCUGUAUGAAACAUCCAUUUCCUGAAACUCGAGUUGGCUACUGCUAAUGGAUCCAAUGACACGGUGUUAUUUGCAUGUUAUCAGUAGGUUUGCAGUUGAUGCUUUGACAUCUUGCCAGGGAAGCGUUCGCUUAGCAAUGUAACGGCAGCCUUGUGCAGAGAGGUACAAAGACGCAGUGACCUCUAAGCAUCCGGGGGAGCCUGUUUGUGUGUACACGUGGGUAUGGCUGGGAAUUUGUGCCAUGUGCACACAUGAUCCUCAAGGAUUGUGGUGCCCUCUGCUGGGUGUAGGCUGUAAGUCUUAACAUAAUAUGAGCUGUAAUAUUGCAAAUGUUCCCUUAUAGAAAAUAAUGUGAUCUAAAUGGAUCACAGGAGUCUACAUCUGAAGCUGAAUGUAUUGUUUUCUUGAGAGCGUGCAGGAUUAAUUUUCCCUUUAGCCAUCUGUUUAGUCUACAAUGGAAACACAUGAAUAUCAUAACCUUAAACUGAUCCAAAUGCUUCAUGCCAGCUGUCCUUCGAUACAGUGGGGCUCAUUCACUACACUCUGUUCCAGCCAAUUAAAAUCCAAAUGGCUGGGUGCGGAAAGUCUCCAAUGUGGGUGUAAUCACAGCCUAUCUUUUUGUCUUUCACAAAUGUGUUGUUGACUGAAUGCUUGUCUUGGGUCUAUUGCUUGUAGUAUUGAUAAAUAGUAAGCAAAAUAAAUUGUACAGUCAAUCUGCUUCACAAAGCUCACUAGUGACUCAAUGCCAUGGAUGCAUUCAAUCUGAUCAUGGUGCAAGCAUUAAUGUGCUUUCAUAACACUAUUGUGCCCUAAUCACCAGGUCCCUGCUGCCACAGUUAAAGGGACACUACAGGCACCCAUAUGAUCUCAUUAAAGUGGUCUGGGUGCAGUGCCUCUGUCCGCCUUAGUCCUGCAAUGUAAAUCAUUGUAGUUUUACAGUAACCGCUAUGAUUAUUUUGUAGGACUGCCUCCGGUGGCUUUCUCUCAGGCAGCAACUAGAGGCAAUUCCAGGGUUCCAAGCGACUCUGAGUCCCUUAAACUUGCUGGACAUCCUUGCGCUCUGCAUGGAUAUACUGCGUCACUGAAAUCUUCAUAGGAAUGCAUUGAUUAACUGCUUUCCUACGGGGAUAGCCUGAUGCGCUUGUGGCGAAUGCAUGUUGGUUUCCCCUUUGGAUGAUGUCUGAGAAGGCAGGGACUCUGGUGCUGGUAUUGGGUAGGUUGCUCUGGCUGAGGUCUGGACCGGAGAUGGCGUCAGAUAAUCUGCUAAAAAUAGUUUUACUCUAUUACUCAAACUGCUCUAGUGGCUGUUGGUAUGCCAGCUAAUAACAGCAGGCUAACCUUGCAGUGAAAUCAUUGCUGUUUCUGCAGGACCAUAACGUUUUCAGCUGCAGUGUUAAAACUGGUGGGGUUAUGAAAUGGCUCCAUGCUCAGUUUGCUGUGGCACUUUAUCAAAGAAUACACUUGCAUUAAUGUGAUGGUGGUAGCCAAUCGGCCAGACUGCAGUUGGUUUGCAUGAUGGGCUUGGGCGGUGUCAUGUUGCAUAUAGUGGACAUUUUGGGUUGUAGUUUAUUCCAUAUUGGUAGAUAUUAUUCUGGCUUACCAUACGCGUUCAGAUACAAUAAAACAAACGAGUAACUGGGGUGUUAUGAAAUGGCUCUAGGCUCCAUUUGCCGUGGCACUUUAUCAUUAAAGAAUACACUUUCUUACAUGGGUGUUGGCUUUAACUUAUUCUAAGCUGCAUGCUGGGCAACAGUCACUACUUCAGUUUCAGCUAUAUUCUGAAACUAAUAUUAUAUGGACUACUUACAGUAGCUGUCACCUCAAACUUGCCUUUCUCCUAUUGCUUUGUCUUUCUUUUAGAAUUUAUUUAAUUUUUUUUUUUUUUUUAUUUCUGACUUAAAUUCUUUAAGGAACUAAUUUGUCUUUCCUACACUUGACAAUUGUGUAAUAAGUGAAGUUUGCCUUAAAGGGGACACUAUAUAGUCACUCAGACCACUUCAGCUCAAUGAAGUGGUCUAGGUGCCAGAUACCCCAGGUUUUAACCCUUCACAUGUAAACAUAGCAGUUUCAGAGAACCUAUAGUGGCUGUCUUCCUGACAGCCGCUAGAGGUGCUUCUGCCACGCUGGAUGGGAAAUUCGCAUUCAGCGUGCAGAACGUCCAUAGGAAAGAUUCGAGAAAUGCUUUCGUAUGGACUGUUAGAAUGCGCGUUCUGCUUUACUUGGGAGCUGAUGCCGGUGGGGGAGGAGAGGUCACUGGCGCUGGAUUAAGGUAAGUGGCUCAAGGGGGACCAUGAGGGUCCCCCAAGGAUUAUAUAGUGUGAGGGGAAAACAAGUGUUUUCCUGACACUAUAGUGAUCCAUUAAGAUUCUCCCUUUUGACACAAUUGUCAAGCGUAGGGAAAAUACAUAGUUCAAAGUAGUCACUACUUUGUCUUUAUAUUUUAAAAGGGAUUAGGUCCUAGAGAAAACCAUAGUAGAAAGGAAAGUAUGAGGUGACACACUUUAAUCCUAAUUGGGGGUUAGUUGAAGUUUCUUGUAUUCCCUGCAUUAUUUUUAUUUUACUCUUAUUUUGUUUUUUUUCUAUUUAGUCCUAUUACUUCGACCGGGAUGAUGUGGCGCUGAAAAAUUUCUCAAAGUACUUUCUGCACCAGUCCCACGAAGAGCGAGAGCAUGCAGAGAAACUUAUGAAACUACAAAACCAGCGCGGUGGGCGUAUAUUCCUGCAGGACGUGCGGGUAAGAAUGGCAAAAUGAAUUGUACUUCUGUUAAGCGAACUUACUUGGUGCAUGUCUAUGGGAGUUAACUUGCAUAACAUGUGACUGGGCUUAGUAUGAGUGUUCUGAAUAGCACUUACAGUUGGGUGACUUCUAAUUUGUUGAAAUGUUUUUCAUUGAUUCAUUGCUCAUAUUCAUGCUGUAACUUGAUAGCUGAACAUCUGAUUUGGACUUGUCCUAGCAGACUUUUCACAAUGCUAUCGAUGGCUACCAGCACUGUUACACACUCAUUAAACGCUUGCUAGCAGAACCAAAUGUUGCCAGAUAUAUUGACUUGGUCUCUGGAGUUAUAGCUUGCCAGGAUUCAUGUGACCUGUUAAAAUGACCAAAUACAAGGGGAAGCCUGGAGUAGACAUUACAGAAUAUCUGCUAACCAACACUGUGUUGGUGUUGUCCUAUUGUAACUUACCAGUAGUUUUUCUUGCUGCAGCUUGGAAUACAGGAUCUCAAUUCAUAGAAAUGGUUCACAUGUAUCACAGAAGUGGCAAGUCAAACUAAAAUAACAAAAUAGAUCUUGCUUUAUUUAUGUAUAAUUGCAUGUAUUUUACUCCUUUUGCCAUCAACUUUAGUUCGAUUUGCCACUGCUGUGAUUCACCUGAACUCUUCCUAAUUUGUUUGGGAUAGUGGGGGCCCACCUGUGCUAUUCCAGUGUGCAACACAUUUAUUUAUUAUGAAUAUGAAGUUGGGUUAUCGCUAUCAUGGUGAAGCUAAUCUUCUUACAGUGCUAGUUAACAUGGAGUUUAGAUGCCUGGCACAAGCUCUCAGGACUCUGUCUAUAGGCUUGUUGGUGAUCUAGCCGGAGCCAUUACCUUUCCGACGCCCACUAAUUCUAUCAAUUAACUGAUUGAUUGACAGAAACCAGACCGCGAUGAAUGGGGAAGUGGUCUAGAGGCUCUAGAGUGUGCCCUUCAAUUGGAGAAGAAUGUUAACCAGUCACUGUUGGAGCUACACAAACUAUCCACAGAUCGCAAUGACCCCCAUGUGAGUACAAACUAAUCUUAGGCAUUUUUAUUCUGCCCUGUUUAUAGCAUGGCAAAUCAACACUGUGUGCUGUUCAGUUGUACAGUAUAAAUUAACAAGUUUGUUGUGUUCAGACUCCUUGUGUAAUUGUGUGGAUGGUGUUGCAUUGUAGGAGUGUAUGUGGAUUGUCAGUCAUGUGAGCUGUUUGGAUUAUAGUAAGAGGGGGAGGAUUCUUCUGCGUGCGUGUGUGUGUGUGUGUGUGUGUGUGUAUAUAUAGCAGUUUGGAUCGCUGCCAUGGGUGCCGGGCUGGUCAGGUAAAGGUCAAGUGCUGGAGCUGGGUUAGCUGCUGUACUCCAGUACAGGUCACAUUUACAAAAGUGCCUAAUUGUAUGUUUCAAUGGGGUAUAACUACCAAACAGUAAGGAUGUUAGUUUUUUUUUUUUUUUAAACUUGGUCAGUGGUGUGAGCCUUUUAAACACCAUGUAGGACUUCACAAAGGCAACAGUAGCUGUAGUAUUGACAUUGAGGAGCUUGCUUCCUUCACCCCCACUUCUUUCUAUAGCAGCUAGUUAAAUAUAUCCAUCAUCAAAGAAUGCAAUGAAUGAAGGUGUACACUGCCUUCUGGGAAGUGUUCUUUACUGCCAAGUGGGCCUGAAAUGAACUUCAGAUAAAAUCAUAAUUGGUGGCUUGACGAGCUGUGUCUAACUUGGAUACGCACUUUGUUCAGAUGUCCUUGUAUUUGAUCGAAGUUCUGUUGCAUUUACCACAUCGCCUGUUGACCGCAGAGUUAAGAUGGGAGAGAAGCUGCCUUUAUUGUCAAACUUAGUGACUCACAAAGUCACAAUCUGUGGAGUGAUUGCCAGAACACUUAUUUUAUGGCAUGUGUUUUAUUUAUUUUUAUUCAAGCAGUACACUUCUCCCACCAUUCUUGUUCUUUACUUCCUGUAUCUUAAUUUUUCAGCUCUGUGACUUCCUGGAGACUCACUACCUGGAUGAGCAGGUGAAAUCCAUGAAAGAACUGGGAGAUCAUGUGACCAACCUACGCAGAAUGGGGGCUCCUACAAAUGGCAUGGCAGAGUACCUCUUUGAUAAACACACACUGGGGGAAAGUCAUGACUGAAGGCUGAAUAUCUUUCUCUGCAUGCUCAACUUUAAAAUGUCUGUAUAAUAUUUGAGAUCACUUACUCCUGCUCCUAUUUUGGCACAAAUAAUAAAAAAAAAAUAUAUAGACUUGGAUAUUGUCUCUAGAUAUUAAUAGUUCAAAUGUGACACUACAUGGUGUGGGUGACAGGAACAAUCAUUCCAUCCUGGUAGUAGCUCCAUGUGAGAUGUAAGGCAUAUGUUGCUAUAGGCUAGGCAUGUGUAGACACAAACAUAAAGUUUGAGCAUUGAUUAACAUGCUGUGUCGGCUUGGCACAUACACAUGGUAAAGCAGUGGCCCGAUCAAUGAAUGGGUGUAGAACUAGCAGUUUUUAGUAAGCCAUUGCAAAGCUGGAACGGGUGGGAGGAAAAAACAGAACCUAAAAUGUUCAGUGGGUUGUUUCACCAGUGCAGUUUACAAACUACAUGUGGUCUUGAUGAUCAAAAAAAAAAGCUAAAACGUCUUUAAGUACUAAUAAUAAAUGCUCACAUUAAAAAAAUCUUAUAGCACUGUGGGUUAUUUUUUGAACUCUGAACCGAAAG